CUUGCCAUUUCCAUGGUCGCUAUUGAUAUACCUAGAGUACCUACUAAAUAAUGAAUUAGAGUAAUGAAAAUCUCUCUGCCCCAUUGCCCCACUCUCUCCUACUAUAUUGAGCUAUGCCACAUAUUAAACUUACUGUCGCAGCCGGGCAUGCAGUCGAUUAUUGCGCUGUUCGCUAAGCCUUUGGUCGUUUUGGUCAGUGGAUCAGCAUGGUAUAUAACUAUUGACCUAAAUGCACUUUAAUAGUUCGCGAGUAAUCACUUCAACAGUCUUGAAAAGC